AUGCCGCUUCUUUGCAUUAAAAUUAUUGAAGCACGUUUAGAAAGUUCAGAUUCAUCGCUAAAUACGUAUAUUAGCGUUAAAUUAAGACAAGCACAUUCCUCAACUCAAUCAGUAAAAGGAACUGCACCAAAAUGGAACGAAGAAUUUAUAUUCGAAACGGAACGUAUGGAUGGCGGCCUCCUGAUUGAAAUACAUUCGAAAGGUUUAUUAAAAGAUAAGCUGUUAGGAGUUGUUUGGUUACCCUUAAACAAAAUACUACAUUCUAAUAAGGAUGGUCCGGGAAUGUGGGUGAAUUUUGAUUCCGAAGUCAUCACUGAGAAUGGACAAAUAGUUGGCACAAAGACAGCUACUAAACACUCAUGUCUAGCUACUGUAAGAUUUGAAAUACCUGAUGAUUCACCACUUGAAAAAAUAUUAUUUACGAAAAGAAAAUUACCAAAUAUUACUUCAACAAAUGGUACUUUACAUCGUUCAAGUGUUAAUCAAAAUGUAAUGAAUGGAUUUUCUGGUCAUAUAACUAACAUUCAUGCAAAUCAACAUUUAGAACAUCGUGACAAAUUAUUUACACCAUAUUGUGCAUUAAGUGAUUCAGAAAAUCGACUAUCUAAUAAUUUAAAUGAAGUUUAUAUACUACCAAAUUCUCGUCAGUCUAAAUCAACUAAUCAUUUAAGUUCUAACCAUUAUGGGUAUUCAAUGAAUCAUCCAGAUUAUUUAAAUGAAACACCGUUAAGGCAUAGACAGUUUACAACUGACGAUUCAGAUGCUCAUUCAUCAGAAACUUUAAAAAAUCACCAUUUUGUUUCAUCUCGUCAUUAUGAUCACCAUGAACAAGUGCCAUUUGACAGUGAAUUAGAUUCUGGUUCAGAACUAUUGUAUUAUAAUAGUCGACCAUAUCCAAAAUCACAUACAAAUAGACCAUAUUCUUAUCGUCAAUAUACUGGUGAGUAUGAAUGGGAUGAUGAACAAAUUUGUUUUGAUUCCCGUAAUGUAAAUAAUAUUGAUGAUGAUUUACAAUGGCAUAGUCAAUAUUCCGAAGAUAAUAAUUUCAUAUCGGAACCUGAAUGUUUUGAUCAGAAUUAUCAGCAGCAGUACUCACAUAAUUCUGGUUCAGAUGGAUAUCGUAUUGACUGGCUUGGUGAUGCACCACCAUUAGAAUGUAAUCAUCCAGAGGAAGAACAUAUGUUCGAUAGUAAUUAUGAAAAUCUUUAUAAUCAACAAUCUUACACUACGAAUAUACCAAGGUAUCGUUAUUCCGGUCGGUCAGAUGACGAAGAAUAUUUAUACCCUCAACCAUCAAUGGAUGAACAAAGUCCAGUUUAUUCUGAUUGUGGACCAUUUUCAGAUAUAGAUGAACCAGAUUGGAAUCCUGAUUAUGUUAACUAUCGCCAUAGUGGUGAUUAUAUACCAUGGACAGAUGAACACCAAAUAAGAUUUAGUCAACGCCGUCGACGAUCUCGCUUCAGUCCUCAAAGUAGUCGAUAUUAUAGAAGAGGUUAUGCUCGUUUACCAUAUCCGCAACCUGCAUAUGGAAUUUCACCAUCUGACGUUUGUUGCGAAAAGUAUCCACAUAUAAAAUAUGAUAUACCCUCAAAUUAUGGUUGUUGUUCAUGUGAAUCAGAUUAUGAAGUGGAUACAAAAAUUAUUAGUUUUGAUCAAACUCAAAAUUAUACUCCAAUCGGUGUAAAUUAUCAGUUAGAAGCUUCAAGUCCUAGUGUUGGUAAACUAUCAUUAGCUUUAAGUCGAUCAAGCUCCCCAACGCGAACGUUUAAUUCUAAUGUCUGUUUAAAAGUUAUUAGUCCAGAAUCAGUUAAAAAUGAUUUUCGUGCAUCUGCUGAGGCAGCAGUCGCGCAACACUUGCCUCCCGGUGAACAUCCUGCAGAUUUACACUUUGUGGAUCUUACUCCAAUUCCAGUCACAUCUUCAGUAAGAUCUUCCAAUAUUUCACACAAUUGUAUGACUGUUUCAACUACUAGUACUACUACCACUACCACCACCAGCUUACUCAGUGCUACAUUGGAUCACUUUAAAGCGGAAACUUCAAUGAAACUCCCACAAGAUACUUCAGUGUCCACAGUUUUUUCUACUUCUACUGAAACGUCUUCACGUAUCCUGAAUAAUCGACUAGCUAUGGCUCGUGAUAGUUUUCGUCAAUCUGGUGACCAUAGCAGGUCAAUUCCAAGUACUGUUGAAACAACUUCUAUAAAUAGACUUGAUGCUGAUUUUCUACGAGAAAAGCAAGCUUCUACUGUAGUAUAUAAUGCUGAUCUUGACAGGGAUUUAAUUACUCAGAAACAAGAAUUAAUCCCAAAAAUGCCUAGAGAUUCAAUUACAAGUCAAAUAUCCAUAGUUACUACUACUGCUGUUACUACUACUACUACCACUACUUAUGCAACUACUUCAAAUGCAAGUGUAAAUUUUCAAAGUUUAUGGGAUCAAAAAUCAGCUUUCAAACCUGUUAUACGUUCGUUAGAAGCUGCUAAAGAUCGAUUUUUCUCAAACAACACAUUAUUUCCAACAUUUUCACAAGUAAAACAAACAGUAGGACAGUCUAAUGACAAAACCAGAAUAACAAUAAAUAAGACUGAUAAAAAGAAUGAAAAUAUUUCUAGUUCAAUGAGAUUUAUUCCAAAUGAUUCGAAUAAUAAUAAAGAUGCUUCAAAGAUUAUUAUAUCGAGUUCUGAGUUUUCAGCUUUAGUUCCACCACCACAUCCAUCGAAAUCAUUCAAGUUUUCUAGUUCAGAUUUGGAUAUAUCUAAUGUUAAGAGUAUAAAUUCUGAAUUUAAAAAUUAUGACUUCUCUACUCCUGUAAAUGAGUUGAAUGAUAAACCUUUGUCAAUUAAAGACGUUUCUGAUAAAUUACCAUCAUCUACAGUUAUCACCAAUAGUACAUCAAUUAUUACGUCUACAAAAACUGGAAUAUAUGUCAAUUAUGAAGAAUUAAACAAAACUAGUUUAACAAAUAGUUAUUUAUCAUCUCAAGUUUAUGAAUUGAACAAAGCGUUAGAAUCGCCCUAUGCUAUAGAUAAUAACCAGAAUUCGAAUGAUUCUUCGGUAAAUGUAUCAAAAUCAACUUACUAUUAUGAUAUUUCCUGUCCUUCAUCCCCUAAAAUAGUUGAAAGUUACUUAAACGAUAUUCCACCGAAAAAUGAAAGUCAGUCUAGUUUUAGUGCUGAGGAACAUCUUAAAGAAUUGAGAAUCAGAGCAGGAUUAGGACCUAUACCAGGAUAUGAAUCUGUGACUUUACGAAAUGCAUCUUCUAUGACACCAUUAAAAACAAAUGAUUUAACUUCUGCAUCGACGAUACCAUCUUAUAAUACUUCUUCUGCAAUGUCUUCUCAUUUUAACUUUGGAACUAAUGUACCUAAACCUACUUAUUCUGUAAAUAUAAACUCAUUUAUUCCAAAAAUUCAAAGUUCCAGUACAUCCACCCCAUCUAUACCAUCUUUAUUAUCAAACAUAAAAUCAGGUUUUACUGGACCACUAAGUAGGCCACACCCACAACCAUCACCAUACUCAGCAAACCAAGCAUCAGCUACAAACAAACCAUCAUCAUCAAGUCUAUUUUCUAACUUUUUAACAUCUGCUGCUUCAAAAGCUCAAACAGUUGCCACAGGUGCCUUGAAACAAGCUAAUGCUGCUGCGGAUGCUGCAAAAUUGGCUGCUAAUCAAGCUGCUGAACAAUUUGUAGCUCAAGCUAAUCAAGUUAAUAAAAAAACUACCAGUCAAAUGCAACAACAACAAUCACAACCAAAGGAAUCAAUUCAACUAUCAAGUAGUCAAAAUAAAGUCAUCACCACGAACAAUAUUCCAGAAUCCAUAAGGUUUCCUGAUGAUACCACGAUAAAACCUAAGUCAGGAAGUCCUCCAUUAAAACCAAGAGAGCAAAAAGGACACACUUUGCAGGGAGUUCAUGCAAAUUCUCAUGAGUAUCAACAAGAAGAUCAACCAGUACAACAACAGCGUCAUUGGUUACAUGAACAAACUCAAGAUGUUACUACAGAUGAUGAAUAUGAUGAUGCAGAAUAUGGUAAUGAACAAACAUCUUAUAAAUCAUAUCAUCAACGAAAAGAUUUUGAAUAUGAUGAUAAUUAUAGAUCAAAUAUAAAUGAAUAUGAUCUUGAUAAUGAAAAUGAAUUGUACGAUGAUAAUCAGGAACAACAUAUAUUGGAACAACCGUCUGGUUUUGGUAAUAAACACCAGUUUGAUGAAAGUCAUUACAAUUACAAUGACAAUGUAAAUAAUUAUGAUGUAGAUGGAAUCAAUUCAUCGGAUUUAUCUGAUCCAGAUACCUUACGUGCUUUGAGAAAACGUGAUAAAAUGAUGAUGGUUGCAGCAACGGGAAUUUAUUCACCUAUAUUCAAUAGAUCAGGUCAACCGGGUUACUUUGAUGAUUUAAACGAUAUAGAAUAUCAGGACGAUGAUGAUGAAAUAGAAAAACAGUUGAGGAAAGAAAAUAGAAGACUUAGUAAAACACAUAAAGCUUCAGAGUUUGAAAAUCUUGAAACCAUUGAGCAAGAAUAUAACGAUGAAAAUAAUAGAUCAAUUCAGGAACAUAUAAAUCAAGAUUCCCAAUAUGAACCAAAUGCUGAAAAUAAUAUUUAUCGUAAAUCUCGACGAAGUUCAGAUGGCAAAAUUCUUCAGUCAUUACAGUUAUCGUCGACUGAUGCUGACAAUGAUUUUGAUAGAGUAAAACUUUUAUCAAAACGUCGAAUAUCUUUUGAAGGAGCACGUCGAACGUCAAGUGACUGGCAUCGAUUUACUCCAAAUUUACAAACAUUGGAUAUUCAAGAAAUGGAUGAUAAUGAAGAGGAAUGGUCUGAUGCGAAACAAUUUGCAGAAUAUGAUCAUGACUAUACUCAUCAUUAUUCUCAAUCUCCAGUUCACCAGGAUGAGACUAUCAAAAAGGAGGGAAUCGAACAUGAUGAGAUCAUGGAACCUGUAGAAAAGACUCCGCGUCAAAGAUGGUACGAUGCCUUUGAGCGAGUGUGUAGUGGUUUACGUACAGAAGGAGGUUUGUUUUCUGUUAUCUCACCAAAUUCUGAUGAUCUACAUUCUUCAUUCUAUACAAAUAUUGACAGUAUGCCAGAUAUUCGUUUAAAAAAGAAACCGAAAUCAUUGGUUAGCGAUUUGGUCAUUCAGACUAUGGCCGUACAAAAACGAAACAUGGGUACAGCUAGUGCAAAUCUGAUCACUCGUCAAUCGAUAAACGAUGAAGAAAUGAAACAACAUGUAUACAAAAAAACUCUACAAGCUUUACUGUAUCCAAUAUCAAGUAAUACACCGCAUAACUUUCAAGUAUGGACUGCUACAAGUCCAACUUAUUGUUAUGAAUGUGAAGGUCUUCUUUGGGGAUUGGCAAGACAAGGUCUACGAUGUACAGAAUGUGGAGUAAAAUGUCAUGACAAAUGUCGUGAAUUGUUAAAUUCAGAUUGUUUACAACGCGCUGCUGAAAAAUCAGCUAAACAAGGAGCUGCAGAUAAAGCACAAACUAUUAUGCAAGCAAUUAAAGCAUUAAUGUCACAAAGAAUCAGUGAAAUGCCUGAUCUAUUCAAUUUACUUGGUUUAGUAUUUAAAGUAGAUAGUAAAAUACAUGAACGUAAUUUACUACAAGCCGAACAAAGUAUUUUAGAUGGAACUAGUAAAUGGUCAGCAAAAAUUGCGAUAACUAUUAAAUGUGCACAAGGUUUAAUUGGCAAAGAUAAAACUGGUACGAGUGAUCCUUAUGUUACAGUACAAGUUGGUAAAGUUAAAAAACGUACAAAAACUGUUCCACAAGAGCUUAAUCCAGUUUGGAAUGAAAAAUUCUAUUUCGAAUGUCAUAAUGCUUCGGAUCGAAUUAAAAUUCGAGUAUGGGAUGAAGAUAAUGAUUUACGUGCUAAACUUCGUUCAAAGCUCACUGCAGAAUCUGAUGAUUUCUUAGGUCAAGCUAUUAUUGAAUUGCGUACUUUAUCCGGUGAAAUGGAUGUGUGGUAUAAUCUUGAAAAACGUACUGAUAAAAGUGCUGUUUCCGGUGCAAUCCGUUUAUUUAUUUCAGUAGAAAUUAAGGGUGAAGAAAAAGUUGCACCAUAUCAUGUUCAAUAUACAUGUUUACAUGAGAAUAUAUUUCACUACUUAUGCGAAACGAAUAAAAGUGAAGGUAAACCAGAAGUUGAAUUACCUGAUGCUUCAGGGGAUGAUGCUUGGAAAGUAUAUUUUAAUCCACCUGCACAAGAUAUUGUCAAUGAGUUUGCUAUACGUUAUGGGAUUGAAUCAAUUUAUCAAGCAAUGACGCAUUUUUCAUGCUUAACCACAAAAUAUAUGUGCACUGGUGUACCGGCUACUAUGUCUAAUCUUCUAGCUAAUAUUAAUGCAUUUUAUGCGCAUACAUCAUCUUCUAGUAGUCAGUCAGCUUCGGAACGUUUCAGUGCUAGUAACUUUGGUAAAGAAAAAUUCGUUAAAUUAUUGGACCAGUUACACAACUCUCUACGUAUCAGUUUGUCUGUGUAUCGUAAUUCAUUUCCUGCUUCACAACCGGAUAAGUUACAAGAUUUGAAAUCUACUGUCGAUCUUUUAACAAGUAUUACAUUCUUCCGAAUGAAAGUUCAAGAAUUGACCAGUCCACCUAGAGCUAGUCAAGUAGUGAAAGAAUGUGCACGUGCUUGUAUGCAAUCUACCUAUCAAUUUAUUUAUGAAAAUGUCAAUGAAGUAUACUCGAAACAAUUUCAAGAAUCUGUUUCACAAGAUGAAGGUUCACCUUCGUUGAAAUCUUUAGUAUUUUGGCAUCGUUUAAUUACUUUACUAGUUUCUGUAAUCGAUGAAGACAAUACUACAUAUGCUGCUGUCAUUAAUCAAUUUCCACAAGAAGUUAAUAUGGGCCAUAUAAGUGCAUUGUGUAUGUGGGAAAGAUUAUCUGAAGACAUACAAAUUGCCUUAGAAGUUCAUGCACGUACUGAUACACGAUAUUGUAAAUCGUCGGAUUACAUGAACUUAUUUUUCAAAUUAAAAUGGUUCUAUAAUAAACACGUUGCUAUGAUCCCUUCGCAAAAAGAUAUUAUACCUGAAUAUCCACGUUGGUUUGAAGUAUUUGUUAUGCAAUGGUUAAAUGAAAAUGAUGAAGUAUCAAUGGACUUUUUACGAAAUGCUUAUGAACGUGAUAAAAAAGAUGGAUUUCAACGAUCUAGUGAACAUGCAUUAUUUUCUAAUUCUGUUGUUGAUGUUUUCACUCAACUUAAUCAAUGUUUUGAUGUAAUUAAAAAACUUGAAUGUCCUGAACCAAGUGUACAAGAACGUUUCUUAAAUCGUUUUGCUCGUACUGUUAGUAAAGUACUACUAACCUAUGCAGAAAUAGUAAAAGCUGAUUUCAAAUGUUGGGUGCAUCAACAAGAAACCGCAUGUAUCAUUAUGAAUAAUAUACAACAAUUACGUGUACAGUUAGAAAAAGUAUUUGAAGCAAUGGGUGGUAGUAUACUAUGUGAAGAUACAUUGAAUGCAAUGAAUGAUUUACAACAGAUGCUUCAAGUUGUUAUUGAUGAUUUAGCUUCACAAUAUGCUGAAGCAUUACAAGUACAAAUUGUACAAAAAAUUAAAGAAUUAAGUAAAUUGCUUCAUCAGUGUCCACCUAAUUCCAAAGCCAAUGUGGAAACUGAAGCUGAACACAUAUUACAUCCACUUAUGGAUCACUAUGAGUCAACAUUGUCAGCUUUAGCAGAUCUAUGCGAAAAGACUGUAUUGAAACGAUUGUUAAAGGAACUAUGGAAAGUUACAAUGCAUAAUUUGGAGAAACAAGUUGUGCUACCCACUGUUGCUGAUCCAAGAGCUAUGUUUCUUAAUUUGUCGAUUCCGUCAACUGCACAAGCUAAAUUAACAAGUGUAUCUCAGAGUUUACUGACAAAUGUAAGCAGUCAGCUACCAGCAAGUCGAUUACUACAAGAUAUGUCUAAAGAUGCAGGAAUCUCAGAGCGAAAUUUAACACCACGUCAUUGUCAAAUAUUGGAUAUAGCAUUGGAUGCGAUUAAAAACUAUUUUCAUGCUGGUGGUAGUGGACUUAAGAAAGCUUACUUGGACAAAUCACCGGAAUUACAAUCAUUACGCUAUGCACUAUCAUUAUACACACAAACAACGGAUGCACUUAUUAAAAACUUUGUGGCUACUCAGACAUCACAAGAUAAACCUGCGAUUGAAGAUAGUGUUGGAGAGCUAUCAAUUCAUGUUGAUCUCUUUCGUCAUCCUUCACAUGGAGAACAUAAAGUUACUAUAACUGUUAUUGCAGCGAAUAAUUUGAAAUGGACAACAUCGGGAACAUUUAAACCUUUUAUUGAAGUAGUAUUAUUUGGUCCAUUAUUAAGUGAAAAAAAGCAUAAAUUUGCAACAAAAUCAAAGAAUAAUGUUUGGUCGCCUGUGUUUAAUGAAACAUUUACAUUCUUUCUCAGUGCUGGUUCUGAUCCAGAGUCGUAUGAAUUACAUAUGUGUGCCAAAGAUUAUUGUUUCGGUCGAACAGAUCGAUUGAUUGGAUUGACUGUAUUACAACUACGUGAUUUAGCAACAACAACUGAUUUAAAUGCUUCACCUACAAUUCAUUCAAGAGAUGGUCGAACUGGUGCUGGUCAAAGUGGUGCAUGUGCAUGUAUUUGUAGUCUGGGAAAAAGAUUACAUCUUGAUGAUACUGGAUGGACUAUACUACGUAUAUUAUCACAACGUCCUCAAGAUGAGAUAGCUCGUGAAUUUGUUCGUUUAAAAUCAGAAGUUCGUAGUCCUUGUGAUUCAAUAGGAAAUACUACUGGUUCUGUUACUGGUAGUUCAUUGAAUGGAUCCGUUCCACGUAGCCGAUAA